CCAGCCCUCAUCAGACUGGAGUUGUAAUUUGGAGUAAACUCUCCCUUUUUAUUUCUCAGCACAAGGACUUCUUUCACAUAUCUUUCUGCGUCAUGUCUUUUUGUUGACGUCUGACUUUUUCCAUAUUUUGGUGUUUAUGUGAGGGGGAUUAACAGACCCACCAUGGUUUUCCCAACAUAAAUCAACAGGUUUUCCUACUUUUUAAAGUGCAGGCUGCUUUCUGUUUACCUCUAACACGGAAUGAGUGGACCUCAUUGGGCUCUUUUUUUCUUAAUGCAGUAGCUGUACUUUGUGAAAGCGGGUAUGGGCCAGUUUUUCUUCUUCUCCUCACAGAUUGGUCUUUUGGAGGUAAAAGCUCGGGAGCUGAGCUGCCACAGAUGAAGAGAGCAGCAAAGGUUUUUGUCUGGAGGAUUUACGACAUGGGCUGAGCUCCCUGCGAUGUCUGUGUCUCGUGAAAGCUGAUCAAUUAUCCGAGAAUGGACGAAGGAAGACGGAGACGGAUCAAACUCAAAGAUUGGACUUUAGUUUAAGAUUUUGUGCGCUGGCGCAAGACACCACACGAGAUUUUUUUAGAGAUAAAGCAAAUUUACUGACAGCAAAAUCCAAGUUUUUACAUUGGAUUUUAGUUCCAGUGUGAUUUUUUUCCCAAUAAAAAAUUGUUGUAUAAAGAGAUUUAAUGAGGUUUUGGCUCCUAAGAUUAAAGUGACAAUGCGUCUUUGUGCCUGCUGUUGAAAUAUGCAGUGGUGUUAUAUAAUUUCUUUAGCGGAUUAGAUGUAGUCAGCAGAUGUGGGGUUUUUCUUAUUUUCCACGGCGGUUUUCAACCAAAGUCGUAGUCGAUAUUAGUUUUUGAGGCUUUUUUGUUGGUUUUAAUGAAGAACAUCCUGGAGACAGAACCCUCACUUUGAAAUAUUAAACCACUUUACGCAAACGGUGACCCGGCUUUGGUUUCGGUGAUUUCCCCCUCGGUAGUUCAGGGAGCACCUCUCCUUCUCUCUCUCCUUGUUGUAUCCUCACCGGACAAUGUUGCUCCUCCGCCUCGCGCUGCUGCUCUUCCUCCUCCGGUGCUCCGGUGUUUUGCUCGUGGAGGGGCUCAACACGUGUCAGUCCAUCAACCUGGACAAGCAGAAGUCCCGGCGCAUCGAGGCGGUCCGCGGGCAGAUCCUGAGCAAGCUCCGCAUCCGCAGCCCGCCGGACGAUGACGACGACGAGCCGCAGAACGGCAACGUGCCCCCGGAGGUCAUGCUGCUGUACAACAGCACGCGGGAGCUGCAGAAGGAGCGUGCGCGGCUGGCGGAGUCUGCGUGUGAGCGCGAGAGCAGCGAGGAGGAUUAUUACGCCAAAGAGGUGCAGAGGAUUGACAUGCUGCCCCCCCGCACCGACACAAGUGAGUCCAAACUGUGCAAGGAGGGGUGGGGGGUCUGAGGUCCCAUAGGAGUCAGAAGGGGGUCAAUUAAAGGAUUUGUUAACACUAUCCAGGUUAAAAAGUAAUCUGGGGUCUUUAAAAAGCACAAUAGGAUUACGGUUUAAGUGUAUCACAUUAUUACAGUACUCUUAAAAUCCCAAACAUUAAAGGGAUAAUCCUGCAUAAAAUUGAGUUUGGGUCAAACACACUGUAGCACAGGGUUAGACACCCCAUCAAGAGAUCAACAUUGCCGACCGCUUGCUUCUCUAGUUUUACCAACUUUAAUAACAACUGCAUGAUAGCAAUACACAGCGGUCUGAGAAGCCAUCAACAAACCUAAACCAAAACACCUAAUGCUCAGAACAGCACCUAACUUCAUCAACAGUACAUAUAGGGUCCAAGCCACAGCACUAGCCAACAAACAUCUUUUUAACUUUGCCUGAUUUCUUUAACAAAGAGACUAAACACAACUCACCUACUCUCUUCCAGCAGCCAUUUGUUUGUAGUGAGACCUCGGGCCAAUCCAUUAUGGACGACAGCAGGGGGACGUAGCUCAAGGAAGAACAUUUAUGAUCAUUACUUUAUCAUUUCCUUGAAGUAAUAAUCACCACAUUAAUCAUUUUGCACUGCAGACACAGUAGUUCUUCUGCCUCUCGGUCUGAUUGUAUUUCCAUGAAGAAAUGAUCAUAAAUGUUCUUCCUUGAGCUGCGUCACCCCACUGCAGUCAGUGAGGUCUGUGUUUAGUCUCUUUGCUAGAGAAAUUAGUCAAAAUUCAAAGGAUGUUUGGUGGCUAGUACUAUGGCUCGUACUCUAUAUGUUCUGUUGAUGAAGUUAGGUGCUGUUCUGAGCAUUAUUUGUAGCUAUAGAGUGGCAUUUUGGUUGAGGUUUGUUUAUGGCUCCUCAGACCGCCGUGUAUUGCUAUUGUGCGGUCGUUACUGAAGUUGGUAUAACUAGAGAAGCAAGCGGUCAGCAACAUUCAUCUCUCAAGGGGGUGUAUAACUCGGUUUACAAUGUGUUUGACCCUUAAUUUUACGCCAGAAUAUCCCUUUAAGCUCCUUCUAGUAGCUACUAAAGAAAAGUAUAUUUUGCUGGUAGACAUCUUGACUUUAAAAAUUUUCCCAGACAAGGACACAGGACUAUGUCAAGAAUCUACUUAAUGUUAAUUUUAUAGUCAAACUGUAUUUAAAGGAACCUUUCCCAACAGUAAUCACUGAUGCGUUGUUACAAACGCCUCCUUUGCGUGUUGUGAUCUGACUGUUUUAUAUCUCAGUCUGUUGCGAACCUCUAUUCAUCAUGAGUUUUCCACUCGUUGAUGCCGACCUGUCAGAUAGUCUAGGUUUGGGAAGAAUUAAGGUGUAUUAUAGGCCAACAGGAAGUUUUCAGGAUCUAUAUGCAGAGUUUUCUUCAUUGUUGUAUAUACACAGAUAAUCUGUUACAAAACUUUGCCUUCUCAACACAAAAUUACACUCUAAAGAGACACCGCUACAAAGUCGUACCCCCUAUAACACAUUCACAACACACUUCCCUGUUGCCUUAAAUGGCAAACUGCCUGCUGUGGUUUGUCACGGGCUGCUCCCACAUACAAAAACUGAUGUUGAUAGACCAUAUUUAGGAGAUUUUAAGAUAAAUGCUCUGAGUACCUCCUGGUAACAUAAUUACACAACUGUCUAGUAGAAAGGUGAUAUUAAUGCUGUAAGAACCCCAUACAUUAAACACAAGACCAGACACAUUUACUCACUGCUCCCAAACCUAUGAUUAAGCCUUGAGACUCUCAUCAGCAGUAAUUAUGUGUGAGACAAUACAUCACAGCACUGUUUUAUCCAGCGCUAUAAAUACAUGAUGAUAAAUACAUGAUACGUGGUUUUCAAAUCCAGAUGCAGUUCAGCCAACAGCCCCUGACCCCCACUACAGAGUGGUCCACUUCGACGUCAGUAGCGUGGACCUGACCAACAGCACCCUGGUCAAAGCUGAGUUUAGGAUCUUCAGAGCUCCAAACCCUCACGCCCGAGCCUCUGAGCAGAGGGUGGAGAUCUAUCAGGUAAACAACAGAACCGCAACAACACACCUUUUACCUUACACUGACUGCAACAGAACCACAAAACUAGCCCUUAAUUAGCCAAAUAGGUGAGGAAAAACUACUGUUUAUAGCAAAAGUGGCACAUGUUUUCUUUCCCUUAGUGGAGUGGAUGCACAAUGUAUGUUUACAAUUUAAAACACCAUUGGUACAAAUAUGAUUUUGUUGCCUCUUUGAAGAAUAAUCGUCUCAUUUUUCCUGUACAUCUCAUGUCCACCACUGUCUUGUCCACAACCAGCUGCUCAAGCCAGAUGAGGAGAGCACCUCCACUCAGCGCUACAUCGAAUCCCGCACUGUUCAGCCCAAGGCAAAGGGAUCCUGGAUUUCUAUAGACGUCACUGAGACCAUUAAGGAGUGGGUGUCAGAUCCAGGUCAGCUCCAGCACCAGAAGGCUUUUUAUUUGGUUUGUCAACUUGAUCUUCAUCCCUUCUGUCAUCUGUCUCCUCUUCUGCUGAUCAGAGAAUAAUCUGGGCCUGAAGCUGGGUGUUCACUGUCCCUGCUGCACCUUCAUCCCAUCCACCAAUAACAUCGUUCCCAACAAGAGUGAGGAGCUGGAGGCACUGUUUGCAGGUUGGCUCUUGUUUUUACUGCGUGUGCAGGGUAGAUGACUGGAGCUGUGUUUCUCCAAUCGACUUUUAUUUGCUAACUUUAAAGGAGACAUUAGCUCCAGUAAAGUAAAAGGAAAGCACCUUGUGGACUGUUGUUCCAGUAAUAUCAUUUUUAACAUAACUAUUUGCUUAUUGAAAUAUAUUCCAAGGGCUACAAUUCUAAAAAAAAUUGAAAACCAGAAGACUUGAGCUGUUGCCCAACAUAUGUAUUCACAUUUGCCUCUAUAGGUCUUUGAAAGAGAGCUGAUGCUGUUUCAUGUCACUGAAUGAGAGUCACAUAAAAAUGCAAAGAUUUAAGAUUCAGCCUGAAGUGAAGAUGCUAGACUUUACUGAAGGGAGCUGAGGCAGUUUUCUGUGGGUGCCGGUUGUUUGUGGGUAGCUUGUUUACAUAAGUUGCACCCAAGCUGCACAAGAGGAAAUAUUUGUUGAGCUAACCUCAACACAAAAACAUAUAAAUCAGCAAACAUGACAUUUAGUGGGUAAAAGAUCUGAUCAACUAUGAGUUUUGACCCCAAAUGGCCAAAGAAGAUGAGCAAUUCCUGUUUUAUUGGCUGGUAGUAAAUGUCUUGAAAGAGCUUUAAAAGCUUUAGUGGAGGAUUUAUCUGUGCAGCAGGUCACAAAAUCAGAACCUAAAGUGGGGUGUUUUUUUUUUUUUUUGCGAAUGGCGUCUUGCGAAUGAUUCAUGAAUCACUUUGACUCUGCCCUGCAGGAAUAAUGGAGAAACUGUUCCUCCACACACUGUGAAACUAUUAAAUGUCAGUCUGUCUGUGUUCCUUCAUUCAGGCUCCAAAUCACAGCACUCUCAUCAGAAUUUACUUAGCAGCUAAGCCAAGUAUUUUUUUUACCACUUGGAAAAAAUGUUGACUUUUGAUACUGAUGUAAGACAAGAAACGGCUUGUUUCCAGCUCUUAUGCAUCUGUUGGCCAAGAAAAGAAGAAAAAACAUGAAAUCAGACAUAAACAGUCAAGCCUUCAUUCCUGGCUAAGAAAACCAGUGUAUCAUGUAUGUGUUUCGAUCCAAGUACUGUAAAAUGUCAUCAGCAAUAAUCAAAGUAUAAUCUGUCUUUCUGCCUUUUGGAAAAACACUUAGGAGUUUAGAGUCCUGAGCUGUGCUUGAGGAAACUCGUGAGCAGAACAUGUGAAAAUGUGGUCAGUACUUGGAAUGAACCUCUGUGAUUUUUAGAGAUAUUUACUCAUUAGUUUCCAAAUUUGUGUCUUGUCACACUUUGAAGUGAAGUACCUCUCUUCAUGGUUUGUGUUUAUGCUAAUUUAUGAGCGAGUCCUCUGAUGAGAGACGUUUCCUUUUCCAGAUAGUUUCAUUCGAACGUAACCCUGAAGCGGGGAAACUAAAAAAAAAAAGCCACAAAUCAGAAAAAUGUCCAGAAAAAUAACAUCAUUUGUUUGGCAGAGCACAGUUUUCCUUCCAUGCUAAUCACAAGACUUUUUUUUAACACAGACUCUAUAAUAAGUUAAAAAGAGCAUUAUGCUGCUUUUGUUAAACAGAUCCAGUAAACUACAGCGCAGACAUUUAAGUUCAAUCAGCAAAAGAAGCAUUAACAUGAUGUGUGCAAAAAAAGAAAAUAAAACAGCCCCUGGUUUGACAUUUAACUUUCGACCAAGACAGAAACGUGACUUCCUAAAAACAACAAUUGUCCUUAUUAUUUUCUAAUUCUGCUCCACAAUAAAUGAGCCCGUUUUAGCUGGUGCAGAUGAUCUCAUCCUCCGCUGAGAGGGUCAGAAAUUCCAGUGAUUUAUUCUCUUUUAUGGUAGCAGGAAAUUGAGUUUUCAGCCCCUCGUCUUCUCUGAGUUAGUGGAUUACUGCUGGAGAGUUACACACAUAACACAUUGAUCCUAUCCCACAUGAACACAGUGAAUUACUCAGCUCUGGUCCUACCCACACUGCAGACUUUAGGGUGUUACAUGGCCACCCUAUUCUGGAGGGUACAAAACGAAAAGGUAGAAUGACAGCAAGUAACGGUUUCGUAUUGUGUGGCCCCUCAACUCUAUGCUCUCCGGGUUUAUCGACUGUUAAAUCUUUCCUGUAGGUGUAGAUGAUGAGCAGCUUCGUCAGAUCAGAAGACCUGGUCAGGUCAAAGGUCAGUCAGACUUCAGCACUAAGACACCGCACCUCAUCCUUACCCUGCUGCCCAGUGACAGAGUGGACAACCCGGCCAAGAAGAACCGCAAGAAGAGGGCGGCUGCCACAGACACCUCGACCUGCUCCCGGUAGGCUGCCAACCAUCUGAGUGUGUGUCUGUGUGGUCACUCUGUGAGCGUGUAUGAGUGACUGAGAGUGUUGGGAGAUUUUGAUUUUUAUGAUUCUGAAAUCUAGUUGUGGUGUGGUGAGGAUUUAAGGUUUUACUUCCUUAACCCAAAACUCAUUUAACAGAUUGGUUGACCCAACAUUACCGAGUCUGUGUUUAGAGAGUUUAACUUGUUUUAAUUGGAGUUUCUCACACUAAAAGGGGAAACACUUGCAGCUCUGCAAAGUCAUUUUUUCCAUGACCCACCUUUUUGCUUUUGCUUCACACCUCGAGCAGCAUCAUGAGGGGAGUUGGAAAUAUUUCUGUGUGCUUUUCUGUUGUAUCUCAGCGGCUCAGACCAGGGCUGCUGUCUGCGCUCACUCUACAUUGACUUCAGACGGGACCUCAACUGGAAGUGGAUCCAUGAGCCCAAAGGUUACAAAGCCAACUUCUGUGCGGGGAACUGUCCAUACCUCUGGAGCGCCAACAACCACUACAAUAUGGUGAGCUGUCAUCUCUGCAGGAGGGGGAUAGGGGAUUGAUAAGUGAAUGCAAUGUAGCCGUGUUUUUGUACUUCUAAUGGUACUUACAUUUCACCAGACAGAAAGGUGGAUUCUAUAGGAAGCCAAAUAAGAUAACAAACAGACAUGAUGAUGAGGGCUUGGGAUUUCAUAUUGGUACUCUUUCGGUGCCAUUGAAAAAUCUCAAAGCACUAAAAACAAUCUUAAAGACUUUGGAGGAUUAACUUUGGCUUGAAUCUGACUCUUUAUUGUUUGAAUCCUCUUUUAAAUCUGGAAAUACAUUUUUACAAUAUUUUUAGACUGAUUCUAAUACAUUGACAGAUUAACACAAGCCUGUUUGUGUUGAAUAAACAGUCGACAUUUAAAAAAACAAAUUAUGAGUAUUGAAAUUGAAAAUUGAAAAAACAAAGGUUCAGGUUCGGUUGCGCUGACAACAGUUUUCAGUACUGCAGCCUCAUAGAUGACGAACAGAUACAGAAAUCAUAUAUGUUUGUGGCUUUAUAAAGAUAUUCAUUCUAUGAUUUAUUAAAAAAAAAUAACAUCACGUCUUUUUUUUACUGAAAACAGCAACAGAGGGAUAUCUUCAGCUGAAUCCCAUGAAUAUAGAAGUAACCUCAGAGGGAUGCAUCAGUGCAAACAAAAGCAGCAGCCUCCUGUAAAACUCUCUAGUUUGGGCAGAGUAAACCGCCCGCUCGACUUCAUGUACAGAAGCUCUAAAUGCGAGUGACAUUUGCCCUUAAAUGAGCUUAAUGUGCAUUGUUUGUGGUGUCUGAACACCAUAGUUAGCUAAGAUCGGUUAACCCCGGCAUCAUAAAUGGGCUGUCACCUCGCAGAAGCCUGUAACAGAACAUAUAGUGUUACAUAACACGGCCUGUCUGUCUGUCUUAUAGCGGAUGACUGGAUUUGUAGCUGCGCCUCUCUUCAAUUUGCCUUCCCAGAUAUCUAAUUAUAUAGACAGAUUUGAGGAAUUAUCAAUACUCUGGUUGAAAGAUUAAAAGACAUACAUUUACGAAGUGAAACAUGGCUUUACACACAGAAACCAAGAGUAACGUUUGGUUAAAAAGUCUUAAGUAGUACUCAUAACAGCUGGUAAGUAAUGUCCCCAAUAAAAAUUGCUUCACCCUGACUAGUGGAAAAUCUACCUGUCAUCUCUGUUUCCUUGGCCAGAUCUUGCCCCUGUACAAUAAGCUGAACCCUGAGGCCUCAGCCACCCCCUGCUGUGUCCCACAGGACCUGGAACCCCUCACCAUUAUGUACUUCAUCGGCCGCACGCCACGUGUUGAGCAGCUUUCCAACAUGGUUGUCAAAUCCUGCAAAUGCCGCUAGAUUCAUUGGAAGAGGUGAGGGAGGCAGAGAGGAGGAGGAGGAUUAUUACAGGCCCUGAACUACAAACUGCUUAAUUCAGGAGGGAAACAAAGACAACGGGACUUUCAAAUCCUUUCUUCAAUAAACUUUACAGACUUAGCAGACUUUUCAGAUGUUGUAUUUUUACCCUACAUGACUCAAAUGUCAGGAUUUUGCUCUCCCCUUUACAGGCAUGAAAACCUUCUUCAUCUCUGGAUCUUUGUGUUUGAUAUAGGACUCUGUAAAUAUGAAAACUUGGCUGUAUUAAACCUGUACUGUAUAUUAAAGAGGGUGCUGUGUGAUUGGGCCACAUUCACUCUGAAUGAAAAGGAUUCUUUUUAUCAGCUUUUUCUGCAGUAUUCCUGCGGCUGUGGUCAGCAGAGCAAGCGAGGCGUGUUUGCUUAAGGUUUGAAGGU